AUGAGCAGACUUAAAUUAUCAAAAUUAUCAGAAAGCAUUUAAAAAGAAACAAAGUAAGACAAAUGUUAGGACUAAGACACAGAAGAAAUUCCAAUUAAAAAAAAAGUAAAAUUAGAAAAUAAACUCUUUAUAAAAAUACCUUUUGCUGACAUUCUUUCAUCUGAUGAUGAUUCUAGUGAUAGUAGCUAAAUUUUAACAGGUAUCAGAACAAAAUUUGUAAAUGAUGUUCCAAAUCUUGAUUCUCCCAUCAUAAUCAAAAAAACAGAUUAUAAAGAGGAUUCCUAAUUGUUUUGA